AACAGGUUUGCAUGAGGAAGUGCAACAGACAAUGUUAAUAUAGUAAAAAAAAAAUAAAAUCCUGUUACGUGAUAUUCUAGUGCUUAAGUACAGUACAAAAAGGAUUUAAAUAUAUUUAAAAGGUAAUUUGAUAGUGUAUACGCAGGUUUUACAGACUUGGGCAUUUGGUUCAGUUUAAUGUGGUAAUGUUAAAUGCUUCACCUGUUGAAAGUACACAUGAGGAUUCCUGGAAAGAGUUAACGUCUGCAUCAUUACUCUGUCUGAAAACUAGUAAUCAGAUUCACAGAAAUCCACAGUUCUGUGUGGAAAUCGUGCUGGACUUCUGUUUUACUCUGAAUGAAUGACGGACUGCUGUAGCACUUGAGAUGCCUGUCUUUCCUUUCAUGGUUUUUCUGUUUUUCCCCUAUGAACUUGUACUGGUAUCUUCAGAACUUGUACAUGCAGAAUUGCCCAGCAGAAUAACGGCACUGAGCGGCUCUUGUGUGCAGAUACCUUGUAGAUUUAAUGGGUCAGAGAUCAAUUUGAAGAACGCUAAAAGUGUAUUUGGCUUCUGGAUAAAGAAGGACCAUGUUUUGUCCAAUUCAGGGAGAUUGAUAGUUUUUGAUGGAAGUGCAAACAUCACCAAAGGAUUCAGUCGUAUAGAGAUACUUGGAAAUCUUAGUCAGGGUGAAUGUAGCACUGUUUUCUAUGAUGUCAUGAACAAUCAUUCAGACAACUACUACUUCAGGGUGGAAACAAAUAUGCCAGGUCAGAAAUACACAUAUCAGAAUCCCAUCAACAUUUCUGUAUCAGAUUCACCACAACCUCUCAUCCUUAAACCCACUGAUCUGAAAGAAGUGACAGAGAACACAACAGUCAAUCUGAACUGCUCUGCUGAAGCCCCCUGCCCCAAACAACCUCCUACAAUAUCCUGGUCCAACAACCCUGAAUCUGCCAACAUUACAACACAGUUACAGGAGAAACCUGAUAAAACCCAGUCAGUGUUUUCACACAUGACCUUCAAAGCUUCAUACAUGGAUCACAGAAGGAACAUCUCCUGCACUGUUACAUAUCCAAGAAAAACAUCUAAUGACUCAACUGUGGAGACCACCGUGAUGCUACAAGUCCUGUUUCCUCCAAAAGAAACUUGCAUCACCAUCGAUCCAUCUGCUUCAGUCUCUGUUGGCACUAAUGUGACUUUGAUCUGCAAAAGCAAAGCCAAUCCAUCAAAUAACAUGAACUACACCUGGCACAAACGUGGACAGGAGAACCAGCUAGAUUUUGGAGAACAACUGACCUUUACUGUAAAUAGGAUGAGUGGAGGCUGGUACUUCUGCACAGCAAAGAAUGAACAUGGUAUUCAGAAGUCAGAAGAGAUCCAGCUGAUUGUGGCAGAAUCACUGUCUUUGAUCAUUGGCUGUGUAGUAGGAGUUUCAGCAUUUCUGUUGAUAUUUCUUCUGAUAACACUUUUCCUAAGAGUGCAAAGAGUAAAGGCAUCCACUAUUAAGGAAACUGUCAUCGCAGAUCAGGGUCAGGAAAAACAAGUGCAGAUCAGCUCCAUUUUUGCUAAUGGUGCUUUUGUGUCGGGUGAAGAGCUAGAGAUGCCAAAGGAUGUGAAUGACAUAGUCCACUAUGGAGAGAUUGACUUCUCCACUCCCCAAACCAAAAGCACCACAGUGAAGAGCUCAGGAAUAGAGACGAUAUAUGCCGAGGUCAGAGGCCCAGAGAAGGAGAUGAACCAGGAUUAGUUUACAUUAGAAUAAAUGGCUUGAGUGAACUGUGUAAAUGUAUUGUCAUCCAGUAUAGAAAUAAAACAUUUAACAACUUUAUUUUUUUCAUUUAGAUAUACAUUCAUUCUUUGUUUUUUUGUUUUUGUUUUCACAUUGUGUUUAAAUGUCACAGUGUUUAAAUGUCACAUCUUAAGUAUUCUGUAAUUCUAAACUUGAUUUAUUUACUUUAUUAUUAUUAUUAUUUGGUCCUGAUACUUCACUGUUCCAAUUUUUCUUCAUUUGUUCCUCCCUAAAUGGCAAUUCAAACAUCUGAUUAUCAUCCUAACCCUAUGUUAGUGCAGGCUUAUGUUUUAGUCACAGAUGAGCAAAUAUUAAACUCUUUGUUUUUUGGUACAGAGCAAAUGUGUGAGUGUAUAUAUAUAUUUAUUUAUAGCUUCACACAGUUAAUUAUGACUGAAUCCAUUUGUCUUUUUCUUUUUUUUUACUUUAAAAUAAUGGUCCAGAUCACUAGAGGUUCUUGAAGAGAGUAAUUAUGAUGCUGUCACGGUCAUCAGCUCUGACAUCUCCUCCAUGCUACAUUUCCCAUCAUCCCUCCUUAUGCUCACCUGCUUAAUGUCAGCAAUCACCCAGUCACAACAGAGAUUGUAUAUUAUAGGGAGAUGAGAGGGUCUGUAUCUCUUACCAUUGGAGAAAGCAAAACGGCUAACUUAAUCACGUGCGGCACUUCUCAGCCUAUUGUGUAAUGGCAGUGACAUCAGUGCCCGCCGUUCAAAACUGCGUACUGCCACAGCCGGAGCCUUAGCAUUAACGCUUUUUUGGCUAAAGGUUGCAGGCUUGCCUUUCAGUGGCUUUUACACAACAUCUAUUGUUCUAUCUGUUAAACAGUAAUGCGGCACAUUUGCUGUUGGUAAUGCCAUAAAUGAGUCCUACCUGUCGCAACAUUCCCUGGUCUGCCUUUUCUUAAAAAAAAAUACAUUUUUAUCAAGCUAAAAUCUACAUAUAGUUCCCAACGAAAGUAUUGUUUAGUGUAAAACAUGCUGAAGAUUAGCGAACAGGCUGUCGAUUAAUUAAAUGAUUUGCUAUUUCCCCACAAAAGCUGUUUAAUCAGCAUAGUGAAGCCUCUCAUCCAUUGACAUCCAUUUAAGAAAUGGCCUCUGGUCUCCUUCCCUGCGUACCGCCAGAGGCGGAGUGUUAGCAUUAGCUGUUACGCUUUUUUGGCUAAAGGUUGCAGGCUUGCCUUCCAGUGGCAAGAUCACCAUCUAAUUUCUGAUCACCACCAGCUGUCACCAUCACUGACUGCACCAGUUAAAAGGACUCAUGCACACCCUUUGUCUAGUCUUGUCUUAGACUCACCUCAUGUUUCUCCCAAAUUGUUACUUACCUGAAGACUCCUUACCUGUUGUUUGUCUCCUCAUCUCCGAUCUCCAGUCUUCAUCUCCUGUUCUCCGGUCUCCAGUUCAGUGUCCUCUUCCAAGUACCGUGUGUUCGUCCUGCAAGGAAAGAAAGGAAAGUGUUUGUUAUAUAUUCAUCAGUGACUGAAAACAUGUGUGUGGCAACUUACCUGUCUGUUAUUCUCUUUCUGCAUCAUCAAUACAAACAUGUUCAUCCAUCUCCAUGUUCAUUCUGCUGUGCUCAAUAAAGCUUGCCUUUAACUAUA